AAAACCAUAGUUUAUAUAACUUUUUUAAACAAAAUGAUACUUGUUAUAAAGUAUUUAAUCGGAACUGAUUUUCAAUAAACAAUAUAUAGAUAUCAUUCAAAGAAAACUACCACAGUGGAGAGAAUUACAAGGAUUUUAUUGAUAAUAUUAAUCUUUUAUAAUUGUUUUUCUUUUUAAAGAUGGAUGGAAUUUUAGAUAAUAUAUUAGACAACUUUAAUUUUUCAAUUCGUUCAACAUCACUGGAAUCCAAUACGUCAGAUAACAUGUCUGGGAUUAAAGUCGGAUUUGACUGCUACUUCUGUAACGAGGAUGUCACUUUAAGAAAUAAACCAUCCGUUUAUAAAGUUGGGUCAAACAUAUUCUCCUAUAUUACACCAAUCAUUUUUGUCAUCGGCGUCGUCGGAAAUAUCCUAUCUUUGCUAGUAUUCAGGUCAAAAAAGAUGAGAAAGUUGUCUGCAAGUUUAUAUUUAGCUGCAUUAUCAAUGUCGGAUAUUUCUUCUCUGACAUUUUAUGUGCUAGUGGAAUGGCUUCGAAGAGGAUUAAAACACAUCAGUCCUGAAACGGAUGUAUCCUUUCUUAAUAGACAUGGAUUAUGUCAGCUUCUUUUGUACAUGGCUUAUAUAUCAAGAUUGAUGUCUUCUUGGAUUAUUGUAGUGUUCACUAUUGAAAGGUUUAUGGGAGUGUGUUACCCACUAAAAAGUUUAAAAAGAGGAGCUGGAAAGAUCUUACUUACAAUGUUUGCCUGUUCAUGCUUGUUGGUUUUGUACAAACCUAUCCUGAGCGGAGAGUACACGCAAAUGAAUAGAACCGUGUGCACUGCUAAUGCUGAGUAUAAAUUUCUGUCAUUCGCUCUUGAUGGAGUGUUUGCCAUCACGAUAACUUUAAUACCGUUCACAAUCAUAACUGUUUUAAACAUCCUUAUUGUUAGGAAACUUUUCAUAAGAAAUAAAGAAAGCAGGAGUAUCUUUUCAGACAAUUCAACAAUAAGAUUAGAAUUUACUCUUAUACUGUUGGCAAUUUCGUUUUUCUUUGUUGCAUUUAACUUACCAUAUUCUGUUGUUUGGGCACGGAAUUUCCUUCAUUCUGCUGAAAUCAGCCCAUCCAGAACCAGGAAAGCAGCUGAUGUCGAGUAUUGGAGUGGCGUCCUAAUGAUAACACGAACAAUUUUCUAUAUGAAUUAUUGUAUAAACUUCUUCUUGUACAGUAUAACUGGUAAAUAUUUUCGCACUGCCUUAGUUGAGAUGCUUUCUUGCCAUUCUUCAAAUGAAAGCAGAUAUGGGUCAUACAUAAAAUGUAGACGAUUAGGGUCCACUACAACACAAGCGACUCUCUGUGGUAGGCUAAGUGGAUCUGUGAAAUCGUACGGUGAUAGUCCGAUGUAAAUAUAUGUUGUGCGAUACCUUUUUCUUUCUGACAUGAUGUGUCAAACAAGACUGACCAGUAACAUGACUUUGAUUCAAUAUCUUUAAUUUCUAACGACAAAGUGAAAUGAAAUGCAGUUUAUGUGAUUAUAAUUAUUUUCGUUCAGUUGUUAAAUUCGGAAGACAAAAAACAAUCAAGACAUAAUGGUAAUAAAAAUGUAAUACUGCAACUGUUAUAUCUAUUUACAAGAACAUUUAAUGGUGAAAUAUCACGUUAAGGUAUUGUUAUCAAAUAUUUCUUCCGUAACUGUUUAACAAAAUACACGCAUAAGUCUGUGACAUGUUUAGCCGCAUUAUUUAUAAAUUAUGUCAAGUACUUGCAGCAAUCUUUGGCGCUCUACAUCAUUUGUAAUAUUCCAAAGAUUUCUUAGAAUAAAAAUACAUUUAAGUCAACAAAAAGAGAGUCCGAUUUAGAGCAUUUUUCAGGUGUACGAUGAUGUAGUGUCCUAGCUUUGAGAUUAAUUUAUGCAUAAUUUAUAUCUUACAAUCACUACAGUUUACAAGCUACACAAAACAUUAUAUUUUUAAGUAUUCUAAGAACACAGGAUUCGAAUGGAAGACAGUGUCUUUAAACAUUCUUCUCCUACUAAAUCUUUCUCCUAUGAUACACAAUUUGAAAAUCAAAUUGAAACAAACAC